AUGGCUGCGUACAUGUCAGCGAGCCGUUUAGAACAUGCUUUUAGUACAAAUGAUUUUGUACCAGAAUGGGCACAAGAAGAAGUUAGCACUGGGGUGAGGAAAUUUAAUAUAGCACCCUUCCUUUUACACAUGUUUAAAUGAGUUGCCCAAGCUGAACGCCAGGACAUUUACGUGGCUAGCUAGCUUAGCUAACAAUGAUACUGCAGAAGCGCUCGUCUAUUCGACGCUAGUUAGCUAGCUCCAGCAUCUUACAGCUGAGCCAGAUCUUGCACGGAAGCACGAUGUUGAAUUGCAUAGAAUUCUACGUCGGGCAGAAAUGAGCGUUUGAAUCCGGAAAGUUUGGGCUCACGACUUCUACAAGCCAGAAAGUUGAAUAAAGUGACAUUUUAACGUAGUGUACCGGUUGUCUAUGGGGUAGGAAUGUGAGACAAUACAUCCACAGGAAAGUAUAAUUACAUAAUAAUAUGCCAUUUAGCAGACGCUUUUAUCCAAAGCGAUUUACAGUCAUGCGUGCAUGCAUUUUUUUUAUUUUAUUUUUUGUGUAUGGGUGGUCCCGGGGAUCGAACCCACUACCUUGGUGUUAUAAGCGCCGUGCUCUACCAGCUGAGCUACAUGCAAUUCAACGUCUUGUUUCCAGGCAAUGCCAGAUCAUGACGUUGCUAGACAGUUAGCCAUUAGUCUCUUCUACAUAGCUAAUGUAAUUGGGAUUAUUUUCACCUAAAUAAAGCGAUAAUUGAGUGCUGAUUUUACAUGUCUAAUUGCAGACAACCAUUAUGGCAGUGGAGUUUAAUGGAGGGGUUGUGAUUGGUGCUGACUCCCGAACAACAACAGGGUAAGUUAGAUCAAGCAGCUAAGUUUAGGUCUUGCUGACUUCCUGAUCUAGGUAAUAGCAAUACUAGCUUGCUGAUUAUGUCGGCCUCAAUUCCACAAACAUUUUCAUAAUGUGCCUUUACUGCCUUGUGCAGCCAAAAAGUCACAAUCCUUCUCUUUUCCAUCUGUUUGUAGCGCUUACAUUGCCAAUCGAGUUACUGACAAGUUGACUCCCAUUCACGACCACAUCUUCUGCUGCCGCUCUGGGUCUGCAGCUGACACACAGGCUGUUGCUGAUGCAGUCACCUAUCAGCUGGGCUUUCACAGGUAACACCCUAGGGCCUAGGUGACAAAUACCUUUAACCAAAAAGAACUCAGCACACAGCAAUAGUGGGUCUCUCGAUACCACCCAAAAAUAAUGUCUAAAGCGUGUCUGAUUCUACGUUUAUUCACCAUGAAAUGUAUCUUCUCUGGACCUGCUGCAGUAUUGAGCUGGAUGAGCCUCCACUUGUGGAAACGGCAGCCAACCUCUUCAAGCAGAUGUGCUACAGAUACAGAGAGGAACUGAUGGCUGGCAUCAUUGUGGCUGGCUGGGAUAAAAGAAAGGGUGGACAGGUGAGUUCCCAGCAUCUGUAUUUGGAUCAUACACACCAACCACUUUUUCCCCAUUGUCUCAAAGAAUUGUAUUAUGACCCUUCCCUACUCUUCCCCAGGUGUACACAGUCCCAAUGGGAGGGAUGAUCGUGAGGCAGCCAGUGUCAGUAGGGGGUUCUGGUAGCUCCUACAUCUAUGGCUUCAUGGAUUCUAACUACAAGCCUGGAAUGACCAAGGAAGAGUGCCUUCACUUCUGUACCCAGGGUGAGUAGGGCCAGAGGUUGACAGUCUCAUGUAGCUCAGUUGGUAGAGCAUGCAGUGCCAGGGUUGUGGGUUCGAUUCCCACUGGGGACCAGUACUUAAAAAGUAUUACAAUGUAUGCACUCACUACUGUACGUCGCUCUGGAUAAGUAGCACACUGGUGGGUAAUUCUGGUCCUGGAGAGCUGCAGUGUGUGCAGGCUUUUGUUCAAGCCCUGCAGUAACAAAGCUGAUUGAAAUAGUCCUAAUAUUGUUGUUCUAAAUUGAAUCCCCUGAUUACACGAUGAGUUGAUUAUUUGAAUCAGUUGGGCUUGAACAAAUGCCUGCACACACAUCAGCCCCUGUAGCCCACCUCUUCUCUUCACAAUGUCAUUAGGCUGUUUCAAAUGUCUUCAGCUACUGCUUUUCUAAUCUCUGUUCACUCAUGAAUCAUGACCACUGAAAAAUACUUGUUAGUUGAAUAUGAUGGGACACAGGCUGUGUUGUUAAUAUGUCCCUCUCUCCAUUCAGCCCUGGCGCUUGCCAUGGAGCGGGACGGUUCUAGUGGAGGAGUGGCCCGUCUGGCAGCCAUCACAGAGGAGGGCCUGGAGAGACGGGUUGUUUUGGGAAACCAGCUGCCCAAAUUCUCCAAUGCCUAG